UUGAAAUGCAGACGGUUUUAUAUCUUUAAAAUACUGCUACAGAGUCUUUUAUAUCAUCGUCAUUUCAUAAAACACUUGGCGCCAAACUUGACGUUCAGAAAACUGAUCGACCGGCGAUCCGUACGCAAUUAGGUACAGAUGGGAACUGCCAUGACUUGUGAUGAAAACUGUUUUGCUUUUGAAAUGGUUCAUUAUCCGGAUGACGAUCCUUCAUUGAACAAUAAGAUCGACGGUUUGUGUGAAAUUUUCAAUGUUAACGAUGAUAAGCAUACUGGAGAAGAGUAUGCAAAGAACGCUCCAGUUUUAGCUACUGAACACAAGGAACUAGAAUUUCCCGUGAUGGAUGUGCUGAAAGAUGGAAGUAAAGCUCAUGAUAAGAUAGAAGCUGCUGAAAUGACUUGUGAUAAUAAUGAUUUUGAGGUUGAAAGGGUUACUCAUCCUGAUGAUAAUUCGGCAUUGAACGAUACAAUUAUUAGGAGGUGUGAAGUCGCUGAUACUACUACUGAAGAUGCUACUAAUAACAAGCUUACUGGAGAAGAGUAUGCCCAGAAUGCAGCUUUAGCUACUGAAUAUAAGGAACUUGAAUUUCCUAUGACAGGGGCAUUGAAAAAAGGAAGUAAAGUUCUUGAUAAGGUUGAAACCAUUACUCAUUCUAAGGACAACUCGGCAUUGAACGAUACGAUCAUUAAGGGGUGUGAACUUGUUGAUACUACUAUUAAAGAUGCUACAAAUAACAAGGCCGUGAUUUUGGAUCAGAAUGAUUUUGAUUUUGAAAUGGUUAAUCAUACUGAGGCUGAGGAUGAUUCUACAUUUAACAAUACAAUCACCAGUUCAUAUAAACUUCUUGAUACUACCAUUGAAGAUGCUAUAGAUAAUAAGAAAUCCUUGGCAUCUACAAUAGAUUUAGUUAUCAGCUUAAUGAGGGAAGUGGAAAGUAAAGAAAAAACUGCAGAACAAGCGAAAGAAGAUUCAGCUAGGAGUGGCUUAGAUAUUCUUGCAAAGGUGGAUGAACUUCAACAGGCGCAUCAGCAUGCAAAGGAAACAAAUGACACGCUUGCUAGAAGAGUGUCUGCAAAAAAGGCUAUUUUAAUUACUGAUGUCAAGGAUCUUCAAUCUUGUGUCUCGGGUCUGUUGAAUGAAGGAGGUAAACUUCUUGGAGUUCUUGACGAGAUUCGUAAAGCCUUGGAAAUGAGAUUGGCUUCAGCUAUAAAAGAAAAGGAGUUAGCAGAUAAGGCCAAGCUUGAAAAAGAAUCAUUGGCUCAGAAAUCACUUUCGUAUGAAGAAAGCCAAAUGAUAAAGGUAGUAGAAGAGUCUGAGAGACUAACUCAAGAAGCAGAGAAGAUUUCUAAGUUACAGGAAUUUCUCAUAGACCGUCGCCAAGUAGUUGAUAUGUUACGAAAAGAUAUAUCUGAUAAAUGUCUGCAUGUGAAUUCGUUGAAAGAGUUGCUUAACCAAGAGGUCAUGCAAAGUGGAGUGGAUUAUUUUCCUCUAGCCAACUAUCAUCCAUCUUAGCUUCUAUAAUGCCAAGUUAUGAGCAACAACUCAAGAAGGAUGAAUUAACUGAGACCCAAAAGGACUGGGUCGAGCCACCUAAUUCCUCUGUGUUUUCAGAUUGCGUGGAUGAACAUGUUCCACUUACCAAUCAAAAACAAAUAAAAAAUGGAAAACGAGUAUCUGUAGAUUUUCCGGGAAAUGAGAUGUUACCAGAGAUCCCAGUCUUGGAUACGGAGAAGAUGGAAGGAAAUAAGAAUGGCUCAUCUGAGACUGACAUAACUAAUGAACCUGCGGCUGCAGACAUCACGGUUUUCGGAUGUUCUAUGGCAACUAAGGAUUUGGUUGUUACUGCAGAAACCAAUGCCGAAAGGGUAGUUCUGAGAUCCAUUAUGCCGAAAGAUCAUGGAAAGAAAUCAAGAGGAAAAAAGAGGAAGUUUAGAAAAAUGAGUGGCUGGGGUACUGUACCAAGAAGGAUUGGAUGUGCAGGAGAUCCCAGAGGAUACUUUUGAUGACAUUGACAGCUAUUGGUAACAUCUUUUAAUCUUCUAGUACGUAUGGUCAUCAAACUUAUCAUUUUCAGAUUUUGUUUAUAUUUUAGGUGAAUGGUAUUUAGUUGGUUGCUCAAGAAUAGUCAAGUAGAGUGAAUAAGCCAACCAUACUAAAUACAAAUCAA